UUCUUGUUGUUCGUCAUGAACAAAGUUGGGGUUUAGGGUUUUUCACCAUUUUCAGAAAAUUCGAUUCUCGAACUCAGAGACCUCCAAGAACUCGCCUUUCCCAUUCUCCCGCCUCCAAUGGCGACCGAAUUGGUCGUGAACACGGAGAGAGUCGAGAAAUUCCUCGACGACCUUGAGGCUCAGAAGACAAUUCUCUCCACAUGCACUCAGCUCUUCAAAACCCUAACCUCCCACUUCAGUUCCCUCCAAAAAUCCCUCUCCGAGAAGCACCAAUCAUUGGAUUCCAAAAUCAAAGCCCUAGAAUCCCACUCCCGCCGGACCCUAGAGUCCCUCGACCGCCGCGAGUGCUCGAUCCCCGAUCACGAAUCGAAUGCCGCCGCCCGAAUCGCGGAACAGAAAGAUUCAGCCUUAGCGGAGUUUGAGAAGCAAAUUCCCGCGAAUUCGGAACUCUCCGAGGCGCUGAAAUCGUUUUCCCGGAGAAUGGAUUCGUCGGGACUGUUGAGCUUCGUCGUCUCGAAGAGGAAGGAAUCCAUCUCAUUGAGAUCGGAGAUCGGGGAUUCGUUGUCGGAGGCGGUGGACCCGCCGAGUUUGGUUCUCGGCUCGUUGGAGGAGUUUGUGAAUUCCAAGUCCAAGAAAGUUGGAGUUACCGAUAAGCGAUGGGCGUGCGGAUUGCUGGUUCAGGCAUUGUUUCUGGAAUGGAAUUCGGGCAAGGAAGGACCGCGCUUCGCGAGGAGCGUCGUCGACAGAGCUGCCAAGGUUUUGGAGCGGUGGAAGGCGCAGAUUGAUGGUGGCGAAUCUGGAGGUUCAAGUCUUGGGGCUGCGGAAGCGGUAAUGUUUGUGCAGAUGGUGGUCGGGUUUUGGCUUAGAAAGGAGUUCGACGAGGAGUUCUUGAAGAAGAUAGUGAUGGAACAUGCGGCGAGGAGGGAUAUGGCAAAGCUCGCCGCUCAAUUGGAGAGUAAAGAGAAGAUGGAAGAUAUCAUCGAUGAGUUGGUGAAGAAUGGCAAAGAGAUAGAAGCUAUCUAUCUUGCUUCCGAAUCUGGUUUGACAGAAAGAUUUUCUCCUGUUGCUCUGCUCAAGUCAUUUCUUCAAAACUCCAAAAAGAAUGCUUCAAAUAUAUUAAAGAAUGGAAAUAAUAACUUGUCUGCAAUGGAGGAAUCCAAUAAUCUGGAGCUGAAUUCCAUCAGAGCAAUAAUCAAAUGUGUAGAAGACCACAAGCUCGAAUCAGAAUUUUCCGUUGAUAACUUGAGAAAGCGAGCUACUCAUAUAGAGAAAGCCAAGGCUGAAAGGAAAAAGAGCUCGGCUGGUUCCAGUAAAACUCAAAACAAGCGAGGCUACAGUGGUGCUAGCGGUGGCCGAGGUGGUGGCGGAUCAUCUUCUUCCCGCCCUGCAAAAGCGGCCAAGUAUUCCAACGCUUACCCCUCCUUUAGCCGGAGGAAUGGGAAUCCUCCUCCUGCACGCAGUAGCCCUGUGAUCGCAAGAUAUUCUGGGCCCCACAAUUACCCUGUUCAGAGCGUCUACGAUGCUCCUGCUCCAUCCCCGUAUGCCUCGACGUAUGGGGUCCCCCAUACCCAAAGCCCUGCAGGCAUUCCUCAGCACCAGUACCCCCACCUCGGGGACAACAUGAGUGCCGGUGGUGCUCCAUUUCGCGGCAGUGGUUCUUACAGUGGCCAGACCAGCUAUGGUACAUAUGAUUAUGCCAAUCCUGCUCCACCAAGUUAUCAACCAUCUCGGUAUCCCCAAUAAUUUAGAAGGAAAAUGGCUAAACGAGUGUCAUGUAUGUCUUGUCUUUUUGGCCAAGGAUCAAAGAGAUAAAAUAAUCUAUUUUUUUUUCCCUAUAAUCUUCACAUGGGCCCAUCCUUAUUUAAGAGUGCCCCCUUCUA